UAAAAAGUGGUCUGUUCCAAGGGAAAUUUGUAGGCUGUGCAAAAGUGGAAUCUGGCAUUUUUUAGACACUUUGUUUUUCUGAUGUAUGAUUUUAUUAAACAUUGUCAUUUUAUUGAAUAGACAAUGUACAACUGAUUUGUAUUUAAUGCUUUACAAAGUAUACGUAUUUGUUUGAAGAGUUACAGAUGAUGUUACAGAACUACCUAGAGUGGACCCAUAGAAUUUAACUAUGACAAGCAAUGUAACACAAAUAGAUGUUAAGACAGGAGUUCUGUCGCCAGAUGUGUUUUCCUUGCUGGAAUCCCAGGAGAUACAAGUUUGUGAUGGGAUCAAAACUCUUAUACAAGAAAACCUCGCAUCAACUAAAGAGGCCUGGCUGGUUCACAGUCUUGUUGAUUAUUAUUACAUGACACAGUCAUACAGUGUUGUUGAUAUUUUGUGUGGUGUUCAAGACCCCCAUGAUAAGAAUCUGUUGGAGAAGCUGCAUGAUGGAAUAAAAUCUCAAGAACACCAACUAAAUGCUCUACAACUUCUCCUCCACAUUGUAUGUAAGCAACCAUUGUGGAUCAACAAGAUUGUAAAAAUGUCAGUACUGAAGGUCAUCCUUAAGUGUCUCAAGGUAUGCCAUGCUCUGUCCAGGAUCCAUGCUGCAACAAACCCUAUUACAGGUAGUGCCCUAACAAACCCUAUUACAGCUGGGAACACACCGGACAUAUUUUACCUGCACCUGCAGAUAUCAGUGUAUGCCCUGUUCCAUCGUCUCUAUGGUAUGUUCCCAUACACAUUUCUGGCAUAUCUCAGACAGUAUUAUACGAAAAAGGAAAACAUUCCUGUCUUUGAGGAGGUGAUUAAGAGUAUGUUGGAAAGAGUAAGGUUACAUCCGUCGUUGAUAACUGGAAACAGGGAACAGGAGACCUCCACACAAAGAUGGCGGCAGAUGGAGACAAGUGAUGUAGUUGUAGAAUGUAACAAGAUGUCUCUAGAUCCAGUUGAAGGAACAUGGGAGGAGCUACAGUGUCCAAUCAUAGCUUCAAGAUAUUUGAGUGACAGGCCUGCAACCAAUCAGGAGAGACAAGGACUCAUUUUACAACCCCUUAAAUUACCAUCAGUUUCCAUGGUAACAACUGGACAGCAAGAAACAAACCAGGCUGGUCAAGACACAUUCUGGAGCCCAUCAGAGGUGAUCGGACUGUCAACCCCUCCAGCUACCCCGGCAUUGAGCAGUCUAGAAACCUCGCUAGGGGGUACCACCACGUCCCAUGUAAGCCCAGCAGUGAUUUUGAAUGCAGGAACCCCCAUGAACACGCCUAGAGAGACUCCACCCAUCAGUGAAGAACAUGAUCGGCAUGCCAGUAGAACAAGUAGCAGAGGAGCACCUCACGUCAAGCUGGUUGACCCCAAGCGACUUAGCUCAGAGUUUCCUGUCAAUCAGUCUGUCCCCUUGUUGACCCCUUCAAGUAACAUACAGAGCGUGCCACCUUCCCCACUGAAGGCGGAAUUUACAAACACGCCUCCUCUUGGAGUGAAGACGCUCCCAGUAAUUAAUGCAGCCAGGGAACUGCAGUUUGAUCACGACCAAUCAGACGAAAAAACAAUGGGUCAUGUGACCAGAUUAAACCAAUCACAUGAGUUUUCAAAAAAUGUUGUCAAGCCAGAGCCCUUUGAAAUAAGACCACCUAGGAAAAUUUCUGAAGGUCAAAUGAGUGCAAGUGGUCAGAACACGCCUAGAAGAAGUGGGUCUGCAACAAUGUUUGAAGACAGUCUGAGAGAGAGUAGUCAAGAUACAGGGGAGGUAAUUGAGAAAGUGAGAACUCCAUCAGUAAGUUCAGUAACGAAGGCAGAUAUAGUGUCAGUAGAUACAAUCUCACAGGUGAUAGAAGAAUUAGAAAGUCAACCUAGUCAUGAUGAGGACAGUGAUGACGAAGUGUCAGAGUUGACCUCUAGUUCUAGGUCACAUGGUCUAGGUCAUUCGGCAAUGCUGACAUCAGAGUCUGUGAAGAAAUUCAUGAAAAACGUAAACAGAAUCCGUUUUAAUAGCCUCACUGCUACCAACAGCAUUGAACCUGAGCCGGUGAAAGGUUUCAGCUGCAAAAGGUCAAGGUCAUGUCCGCAAUUUCCAAAAAUAGAAACAACAAUGGAAGAAGAUGAAGAGUUAAUUUCAAGGUCAGUUUCAGUGACAUGUCAGAAUACGUCUCAUGAGGAGAUGGAAUUUAAAUCCAACUUCGAGGAGAUUCAGUCAGAAGCUGUGAAGGAGCCUAUACCGGUGGCACCAGUGCAGCCAACCGACAACAUUUGUGACAUUUCAAUAUCUAGCACAGGAAGUACGGUUACUGUCAACAAAAAACAGGAACCAGUGGCUGUUGCCUCUGUGCCGUCUCCUGCAGUUAUACCGGUUCCGAAAUGUCCCGUUUACUCUGGGAAAUCAGAUGGUGUUGAGACUAAUAGAGAAACAGACGACUUGUUACGAAUCCUGAAACAGAUACUGAACAUGCCGUCUGCAACUACUUGUGCGAAAUGUCAAGGUCAGAUGGACGGAUCAAAAAUUGGUCCAUCGAAGCCGUUUUUUAGCACAUUCUCACCACCGGAGUUAUUAGACCGCCAUAUUAGCCUGGGAAAAGAUAUUCAUGCUAAAGAACUUAGUAAGCUUCCAAUUCCAUCGACACAGGAGGUGAACUGGACACACUUUGGAGGAACGCCCCCAGCUGACGAGGUUAGUAUACUAAGAGGGCAGUUGAUGCUUCUACACAAUCAGCUAAUGUACGAGCGUCACAAGAGGGAUCAACAUGCUAAAAGAAACAGGCGACUUCUCAGAAAGAUUGCACACUCAAAGACUUUGGAAGAACAAAACAAUUCAAUGAGUGAGCAGUUGAAACAGAAUGACGUGAUGAUACGAGAUUUGCAGGUGUCAAUAAAAUUACUACAGGAGGAGAAUCAUAAACUAAAAAAGAUUAAAGACGAUGAGGAACACACUAAACUUGUUCAGCUACGAGCCUGCUUGCAAGAGAAUGAAGAUUUGAAUAAUGCGAAGAAAGAGUUAAAUAUGCUUCUUGUACGACAGAGAGAAGAACAGGAUAUUUUGAAAAAGAGGAUUAUGGCUACUGAAGCAAAAUUGUUUAAUACAGAAAAAGAAUUGGAAAAAAUGAGAGAUGUGGCAAACCAUAAUACUAAAUUAAAAGAGCAGGUUCUUCAACAACAGAAGGAAGUGCUGCUGAUGGGGGAAUUACAGCAGAAAUGUAAUGAUAAACUACUGGGUCAGAAAUCAUCGAGAGCAUCGAAACUCGAGUUUGAGCAUGCAAAGGCGACGUUACAAAAAGAAUUGAAUGAGAAUAAGAAUAAACUAAAUGAGAAGACAUUGCUUCUGGAAUCUUGCCAGCAUCAGCUGAAUGAACUGCAAGAAAUACUCGCUAAUAAGGAGACAGCAUUGUCCGAGUUAAAGACAAUAGUGGAGAAAAUCAAGACAAGUCAUGAUGAUGAGUUAAAGAGUGUCGAGGACAAGCAUAUAGCAGCGACACGUGUAAACCAGGCACUAGAGUCACAAAUUCUACAACUGUACGUGGAACUUGAAGAGGUCAAAGCGAAACUUAAAGUUUCAGGCGGUCAACGGCCUGCUGUUACCACGGAUACAGUAACAUCCCACGAUGACAAAGGCGGAGACAGUAUCCAAGAAUUCCGGGAGCGCACUUCAUCCGAUCCACUUCAACAAAGUCCCGUAUUGAGAAAGAAAGCCCUAACGAGAAUGAAAAGUUUGCCGGUGAGUAGUGAUCUUGGUCUGGGAUCGUCAACUACAUCGUCCGACACUACCGCUCAAAGGUCACCAAGUGCUAGUCAGAGGUCAUUCGGUGCAAAUAGUCAUUUUCCUCUAAAACAGACAGCUUUAGUGGAAGAAGAUUACGAUUUGAUUGAAUCAGGUUCUAUGGAUGAUCGACAUACUGUAAGUGACGCAACGUCGGUGUCAUCGAGAGAUUCAAAUCUGUUUCCGGGACAACGUAAUCUAAUGUACUCGGAUAGUGAGGAUAAUCGUACUGCUUCUAAUAGAAGCAGUAACUUGGGGGACAGCGGAUGUGGUUAAAUUCUGACAUAAUUAUGAAAAAGUGAGAAAUGAAGAAAGGAAUUCUUUGAAAUAUUUAUUUUACCAAUUUGAUUAGUGGUUAUUCAUUUUUACCCCUCGUCAAAGAUGGAAGGAUAUAGAUUUUGCGUUGUUUGUCAUAAAACAUUAACUCUCUUAUGCAUAAGUUUGGAGUUACUGCCCUUCAUAUUUUUUUCAUACCAGGUUUUGCUCUUUGUUAUUUUUCAUAUUCUUCUUUUUUUUGUAUCAAGCAUAACUUAAGUCAAUUAUGAUAUUUGAAGAACUAUGUGUAACUGUUAUAAAAUAUUUUACAUUUUAGAUCUUGAUAGUGAUUUCAUGAAAAAUUUAAUACAAAAAGUUUAGUAUAAAAUUUAGUAUCAAUUUUAAUUAAUUUAUACAUGAUGACAUGCACCUCACAAUUAGUAUUACGAAAAUAAAUCAAAGUUAGUAUUUAAAUUAUGUUUUUUCCUGGCCUUAUUGGAUUCAAUGACUUUGAAUAUUGGAGCAUUAAAAUGCCUUCAUUACACGCAAAUCCCAAGGAUUGAAAUUCUCAUAUAACAAACUUUAAGUGAAUGACCAAAUUAUUUUUAAUAAUAACAAAAUAAUACUGUUAUGUAAAGGCAUUAUAUUUUGAAAGGAUGUUCUUUGUCAUUAUAUAUUGAAAGGAUCUUCUUUGACAUUAUAUAUUGAAAGGAUGUUCUUUGUCAUUAUAUUUUGGAAGGAUGUUCAUUUGCUUGACAUUUCAAAUUUUUUCAGCUUUGUAUCAAGUUAAUACACUGAGUUGAAUAAUACUUAAAAGUUUUAAUUGGGUGUAUUGUAUCAUUCGACGGGUGAUAUAUAGUCAAAAGAUUUGCUUGUUGAAAACCUCUUUAGUGCAUAGAAUUGAUAAUUUGUAUAUUUAAGCCCUUGUUAUUAAAGUGUAUAAAGCUAUAUAUCUGAUGCAAAAAUUGUUGUUUGAAUUUUAAAAAAGUAUAGUUCCAAAAUGUUUGUAUGAAAUAAAUAUUGUAAUUUAUUGCCUUAAAAACGAAUGGCACAUGCACAAAAUCAUUGCUAAACGGAUAAAACCCUACUUGAAAUAGCAAAAUGAUAUUUUUUCCGAACAUUUUAUUCUGUUUAUGAACAUUAUCCAUGGGUAUUAAAUAACCACAGGAAAUUGACAUUCUAUAAGCAAAUAAUUAAAAAAUAACGGAAAAUGGGUGUUUACAACCUUCCACACAGCAUUGCUUUGCAAUAAUCGCUCGUGACGUAAUACAUGUUUUGUAAAUUUGAUCUUUCAAAAGAGAGAAUUGGGGAUUCAAUGUAGAAAAUGUGUGCCGACACAAUCGUGAUGAGCCCUGAACAUUAUUUAUUUGUUUGUUUUGUACAUGUGUUAAGAAUAGAAAGUAAGUCAUCAUCUGGCGACUCGAAUACAUGGUGUAGUAUAGUACAUAAAAGUACCACCGUUUAAACGGUAUCGUUUCGGUUCUUACCAAUCGUGUAAACGUUUACAAAAAAUUGUAAACAUGGGAGCCUUAAUUGUUAAUGCACCAAUAGUGCAGAGAGGAAUCUAAAACUUUGAUUUUUGGUUGCCAAUAAUAAACGUGUUGAUUUUAUAUUUAUGAAAAGACAGUGUAGCAAUUUUCGCUAUUUUCAAAUAUCAAAUUUGAGCAGAAUAUACCAUUAAUUUGGUUAAAUUGUUAUCCCAUUGUGAUAUAAUUUGUUUGUGAAAAGAAAAAAAUUAUGCAAAUUUGGCUUACAGAAAUUUUCAGCCAAGGUACAGGUUGUUCGUAUAUUUUGUACCAGUGCUUUGUUGUUGUUGUUUUCUAUAUGUCACAGAAUAUGGUGUGUAGCUUAUUCACAUAUAUCUUAAUUCAUUUGAGAUAGUGGCAUAAGAUGUUUCUUUUGUCAACAACCAAAUUAAAGACAAGAAAUUUAUUAAUCAGAGGUUUACAAAUCUAAAACUAUUACGAUAUUAUCAAUAUAGUCUGGUUAUAGGUUGUAUAUGCAUGGGUGCAAGUUUUCAGGCAUAUGCCUGAAGCUCAAGUUUUUUGUGACAAAUUUCAUCAUGUUUUACUAUUAUAUUAUGUAGGAAAAUGAUUAUAAAUUUAUGUUUUCAGGUUUUUCCAAAUUUCCAACUUGCACCCAUGUAUAUGUUCAUACAUUUAGAUAAUUUAAAUACAAUCACAAGGUUCUAUAUAUAUUGUUUGUAUGAACGAAUAUAUUAUGAAAAUGCAUAUUAAUUUCAAAUUUUUACAGAUCAAGUUAAGAUAAGCUUAUAAGUUUUGUGUUGCUGACCAUUAAAACUCUUGAAGAAUGAUGGUGCUGUUCGUUUUAUUCAUUGUGUUGACAUUAAAUUUAGGUUAAAGUUUUAUAUGUAGUUUCUUGUGCAAUAUCAUAUCUUUUCAAUUCAAUAUAAUUAUUUGCUUGUAACUUAACAUUGUUCAAGACCCAUGAAUUAUUGUCCUUUGUCAACUUACAAACUGUGUUGCUCUAAGUUUUGCAUGCAAUUCAAAUAUUCAAAUUUACUGAAAGUUUUAACUUAAAAAAAAAUGAUCAUAAGAAUCAUAAUUGGAGGUCACUUAUCCAAGGCCUGCAACUCUUGCUUAGAUUUUGACUAAAUUAUUUCCCUUUGUGAACUUACAAAGUUUGUUGCUCUAAGUUUUGCAUGCCACUUAAAUCUUCUGAACUUCUGAAAGUUAUAACUGGAAACUUAAAAGAAGACUUAGAAGCAUAAUUGGAGAUCACUAUUCAAAGUCUGCAACUCUUGGAUUAUUCCCCUUUGACUUGUGAACAUACAAAAUUUGUUCCUGUAACUUUUGCUCUCAACUUCAAAACUACUGAUGGUUUUCACUUUAAACUUAAAACAUGUUUUUUGGAUCAUAAUUGGAUGUCUCUCUCCAAGGCACAUAACUCUUAACAUGGAUUUUGAAUGGAUAAUGGCCCUUUCUGAACAUAGAAAAUUCUACGGUCAAUAUCCAAGACUCAUAAACAUGUCAUUUAUUUCUUGAAUGAAAUAUUCCUAUUUGUGAAUUUCUGCAUUAUACAUGCUCUUGUUUAACUAUUAAACAUUGAGAAUUGUUGAGCACGCUGCCAGCAGCUCUUUGGGUUUUGAGUUUUUUUUACAGUUAUUAAAAUGGUUGACAAGCAAGGACUUUGAAAUCAUUAAUUGCUUUUUUAACAAGCCUUAAAGGAGUUCCACUGAGGUCAAAAAAAGACUAAAAACAUAAAUUAGAAAUUCUUGCAUACAUCAAGUGAUGUACUUCAAAUGGAAAAAUCUGCAAAAGAUGACAAAGAAGUAUACUCUUAAGGUAUACACAGUUAAACUGAAAAUUGAUUUGUUGCACGAUUUUAACCAGGUUUUAGUGAAAAUCAUUGCAAUGCUUUUCAUUCUUUGGUCACUUUGCACAUUAAAAAUAAUCAUUCUGGGUAAAUGGAGUGAGGGAAUGGUGUGAAAUUUUUUCACACUAGUUAUAAGUCAAGACAUUCAUCAUAUAGUACACAAGUCUCAAAAAAUAUUUUAAGUCCUUUCAUGUUAAAAAAAAACCUCAGUGGCUUUCCUUUAAGGUAAAUUUCUUGAAGAUUAUCUUGCAUAGAAGCAAUACAUGUCUGGUUUCAGUCUAUAUAUGAAAUGGCUUAAAGCAAUAUAUACUAGUAUAAUAAUGUGAUAACAGAUGAACUUUACCUUUGAUUACACCAGCAAAACUAAUAAAUAUCUAUGUCCUUGAUUAUAAAAGAUAUUCUUCUGAUAUAUUGUGAUAUCUUUCAUUUAAUGAAUUCUGAAAUAUUUUGA